UCCUUCGCGCCCGCCCCAGCCGCCGCCUGCGGGGACGUGUGUGUUUCUAGUGCAAUUUCCCCUUUCGCUCGCUCGUUUCGGUGCAGGUCUGCGCCGGUUCGCGCCCCCUCCCCUGGCGCCCCUGCCGCCCCGUGUCUUGGCCCGGCCCUCCCCGGCGUCCGCCCCGCUCCCCGCGCCCUCCACCCCGCCCCCCGCCCCGUUUUAUCAGGGGCGCCGCCGUCUCACCUGGUAUUUGCAUCUCUCUCUCCAACUUGCCAUUGGCGGCGCGAAGUGUGGGAGAGCCCUGCGCCUCGCCCGCCCGGACCAGCCUGCCCCGGCGCCGAGGUCGCUCCUGUGGUUGGUCCAGCCCAGAAUGCAGCCUUGAGCCUGGCUUAGGCCACCACCUACUCCAGCUCUCUCCACCCCCUAUUUUACCGCAGCUCAGGGGGUAGGCUCUAGGCUCCAAAGUACCUGGGUAUUGUCCCUUCAUCAAGAAAGCCCCACAGCUCUGGAGGGCUCUGAUAAUCCCAUUGUCAGCUCUCUGAAAAGACAGCAUGGCUAUUACCCUACAGCCCAGUGACCUGAUCUUUGAGUUCGCAAGCAACGGGAUGGAUGAUGAUAUCCACCAGCUGGAAGACCCCUCUGUGUUCCCAGCUGUGAUCGUGGAGCAGGUACCCUACCCUGAUUUACUGCAUCUGUACUCGGGACUGGAGUUGGACGACGUUCACAAUGGCAUCAUAACAGACGGGACCUUGUGCAUGACGCAGGAUCAGAUCCUGGAAGGCAGUUUUUUGCUGACAGAUGACAAUGAGGCCACCUCGCACACCAUGUCAACCGCGGAAGUCUUACUCAAUAUGGAGUCUCCCAGCGAUAUCCUGGAUGAGAAGCAGAUCUUCAGUACCUCCGAAAUGCUUCCAGACUCGGACCCUGCACCAGCUGUCACUCUGCCCAACUACCUGUUUCCUGCCUCUGAGCCCGAUGCCCUGAACAGGGCGGGUGACACUAGUGACCAGGAGGGGCAUUCUCUGGAGGAGAAGGCCUCCAGAGAGGAAAGUGCCAAGAAGACUGGGAAAUCAAAGAAGAGAAUCCGGAAGACCAAGGGCAACCGAAGUACCUCACCUGUCACUGACCCCAGCAUCCCCAUUAGGAAGAAAUCAAAGGAUGGCAAAGGCAGCACCAUCUAUCUGUGGGAGUUCCUCCUGGCGCUUCUGCAAGACAGAAACACCUGUCCCAAGUACAUCAAGUGGACCCAGCGAGAGAAAGGCAUCUUCAAACUGGUGGACUCCAAAGCUGUGUCCAAGCUGUGGGGGAAGCAGAAAAACAAGCCUGACAUGAACUAUGAGACAAUGGGGCGGGCACUAAGAUACUACUACCAAAGAGGCAUCCUGGCCAAAGUGGAAGGGCAGAGGCUGGUAUACCAGUUUAAGGAGAUGCCCAAGGACCUGGUGGUCAUUGAAGAUGAGGAUGAGAGCAGCGAAGCCACAGCAGCCCCACCUCAGGCCUCCACGGCCUCUGUGGCCUCCGCCAGUACCACCCGGCGAACCAGCUCCAGGGUCUCAUCCAGAUCUGCCCCCCAGGGCAAGGGCAGCUCUUCUUGGGAGAAGCCAAAAAUUCAGCAUGUCGGUCUCCAGCCAUCUGCGAGUCUGGAAUUGGGACCGUCGCUAGACGAGGAGAUCCCCACUACCUCCACCAUGCUCGUCUCUCCAGCAGAAGGCCAGGUCAAGCUCACCAAAGCUGUGAGUGCAUCUUCAGUGCCCAGCAACAUCCACCUAGGAGUGGCCCCCGUGGGGUCGGGCUCGGCCCUGACCCUGCAGACGAUCCCACUGACCACGGUGCUGACCAAUGGGCCUCCUGCCAGUACUACUGCUCCCACUCAGCUCGUUCUCCAGAGUGUUCCAGCGGCCUCUACUUUCAAGGACACCUUCACUUUGCAGGCCUCUUUCCCCCUGAACGCCAGUUUCCAAGACAGCCAGGUGGCAGCCCCAGGGGCUCCACUGAUUCUCAGUGGCCUCCCCCAACUUCUGGCUGGGGCCAACCGUCCGACCAACCCAGCGCCACCCACGGUCACAGGGGCUGGACCAGCAGGGCCCAGCUCUCAGCCCCCUGGGACUGUCAUUGCUGCCUUCAUCAGGACUUCUGGCACUACAGCAGCCCCUGGGGUCAAGGAGGGGCCACUGAGGUCCUCCUCCUAUGUUCAGGGUAUGGUGACGGGGGCCCCCAUGGAGGGGCUGCUGGUUCCUGAAGAGACCCUGAGGGAGCUCCUGAGAGAUCAGGCUCAUCUUCAGCCACUUCCAACCCAGGUGGUUUCCAGGGGUUCCCACAAUCCGAGCCUUCUGGGCAACCAGACUUUGUCUCCUCCCAGCCGCCCCACUGUUGGGCUGACCCCAGUGGCUGAACUUGAGCUCUCCUCAGGCUCAGGGUCCCUGUUGAUGGCUGAGCCUAGUGUGACCACAUCUGGGAGCCUUCUGACAAGAUCCCCCACCCCAGCCCCCUUCUCCCCAUUCAACCCUACUUCCCUCAUUAAGAUGGAGCCCCAUGACAUAUAAGCAAAGGGGUCAGGGCAAGUGUGACCCACCAGGCAAAAUUGAGCAGCAUUUUCAUAGGGACCGACUUCAGUAGCACACCUGCCCCUGCAUUUCAGUGGGAUGUCAAUACACUUGACCCCAAGUCCCCCGGCCCUGCCUGGUGUCACUGUGGCCAAACAGUGCCCAGCUUAAGCAUCCCUGGCAUCAGACUAUGGCCUUCAAGAGCACUAGGGCAUAUGCUUUUGGCAGCAUAACGGGCUGACUUGGUGAUGGAGGGAAAAAGCCUUGAGCCAGGCAGAAGUUUGUGGCCAGGGUUUGUGCAGCAGCUUUGUGAGAAGAGCCCUUCUACCUGGCUCUAUCUCACUGGCUGCAUUCCCUACACAGGGAAUUUACUACCCUAUAUGUGAAUAUCCCUGUAUGUACUUGUGUGUACUUGUUGGUCUGUAUCUUAGUUUCUUUGGGGAGGACAGGGCUGUAGCUGUGAGGUCUUGUCUCCAAGGGUGUGUGUAUGUCUCCGUGGAUCAGCCACAGGGAUAGGGAUUUUGUUUUUAAGGGAAAGCAUUCUCUAAUUCCCUUUGUUCAUGCCAAGAUUCAGUUGCUCUGAGACUAUGGGGUACAAGUUUGAUCCCCCGAAUCUGGAGAUGUUGUAGAGCUGGAACGAGUGCAGAGUAGGAACGCUUUGAUGCGCAUGCACAUUGGGGAAGAUGCGCUCCUCAGGGACACGAAGGCCGAGUAGGGUAAAACCACGAGGGGAGGGAAGGGAAGUCAGCUCUGGGAGCAGCCCUCACUGGCUGGACCAAGGUACUCUUCCUGGAGUUUGCCGUGUCAGCAACCACAGUCACCUUGCAGUCAGGCUGGAAUCUUGGGCCACCCCAGAGUGCUUUGCUGAAGGAUUCAGACGGGGCUGCAGUGCCCUCCAGCCUCAGAGCUAGCCACAAAGCCCCCAGAGCUGAAUUCAUUGAGUAUUUGUGCCUAGGGCUUGGGCUGUUUGUGUGAUACCGGCCCCCCCGCCAGACAAUAGCCUUUGCUGACACCCCAGCCUACUUCCCCGAUCCUGGGCUCCCUCUUGAUUACUUUUUGACAUUUUCAAGCUGUCAGGCAUCACUGGGGCUACUCUGGCAGCGACCUAGAUGGGGUCCACCCCCAUUCCUGCUCAAGCAUGGGCACCUACCACAUGGUUUCUGCUGCUCAGCCUGCCUGCAACUCACCUCGAAGGCGGACCAGCCUGCCUCUAUGAUGACUGCAGCAGACCUCCUUGGGUGGACCAAUGCCCCUCAUCUCCCACUUUCACACCUAACCCUGAUUCCUUCACCAAGAAGACGGGAGUCGGCAGCCAGGAGUUCCCGUGGCACCUCUCUCUCUUCGUGGCUCCCUGCUUCCCCCUUCCCUCUUUCCGAGGAAGGGUCAACCUAUUCUCUCUCAAAGCCAACCCCUAGGCCAAUUGCCUGGAUCUCCUCCCCUCUCCCUUCUUUAAACGAGCUUGCCUCCCUCCUGCCAAGUUUGAGGGCAAGGCUAAGAAAUGUCAGCCACGGAAACAACUCUAUUAUCUGGUGACUUUGGGUAAUGUGAAUCAGUGCCUGAGGACCUUUGCUGUGUCCUUGGUACAAAACCAUCCACUUGACCUAACUACCUCCCCUGGCCGCGCUCUCGCUCUUCUCUUCUUCGUCAAGCCAACAACUAUCACCCUCUCCCACUCUUCUUCUCCCUGCCCCCUGGAGGGCACUGUGUUUGGUUGUGCAAAUCUAUUUACUAUGCGUGUUUCCAGCAGUUGGCAUUAAAGUGCCUUUUUCUAAUAAAAUCAGUUUAUUAUGACAGUUUCCUGAUGGUUGAAAGUAAGCAUCUUGAUAAAGGGUCACCAUUAAAAAAAAAUUUUGCAUAAAGGUGCUGCAUGGGUUGGGGUAGCCCCGCCCCCACCUGAAAUCUGGUUUCUGCCACCCCUACUCCAACUCCAUGGAAACUCAUUGCUGGAAGGUCAUCAAUGACCUCAUGGUGAAAUCAAAUGUCUUCUUCACAGUUCUCAGGCCCCCGUGAGCCCACACUAGCUGGGCUCUCCUGCAUCCCCGAUCACCCUUUCCGGGGCUAGUUCUUCACCUACCACUUCCGACGUGGCUGUUCAAGAAUCUCAUCCAUUUUGGGCUCAUUUUGGCUCCUCGGAGAUGGGUCCUAAAUGUAGAGCUCCAGUCCCAACCUUUCUCUUAAGCUCCUGGCUCACAUUUCCAGCAAUCUGCUGGACAUUUCCAUGUGGGUGCUUGUCAGCUCCUUAAAGAUAGCCCCUCUAUCAACAAUGUUUUUGUUUGUUUGUUUGUUUUUGAGUCAGAGUCUUGCUCUGUCGGCUGGAGUGCAGUGGUGCGAUCUCGGUUCACUGCAACCUCUGCCUCCCAGGCUCAAGUGAUUCUCCUGCCUCAGCCUCCUGAGUAGCUGGGAGUACAGGCACAUGCCACCAUGACCCAGCUAAUUUUUGUAUUUUCAGUAGAGCCAGGGUUUCACCAUUUCGGCCAGGCUGGUCUCGAACUCCUGGCCUCAAGUGAUCCACCCACCUUGGCCUCCCAAAGUGCUGGGAUUACAGGCGUGAGCAACCACGGCUGGCCAACAAUGGAUUUUUAAAUUAUUUCCACGCUCACAAAAAACCUUUCCAAGAUGACGGGUUGAUGGGUGCAGCAAACCACCAUGGCACAUGUAUACCUAUGUAACAAACCUGCACAUUCUGCACAUGUAUCCCAGAACUUAAAGUAUAAUAAUAAUAAUAAUAAAAUCAAGCAAACAAAAA